AUGUGCCUGCACCUGCUCAGCUGGAAGGGCUUUGGAAAAGGGGUCAAGGAGGGAUGUCAGCCGGGCAGGGACAGGUCUCCUGUCGUCCUGUUUGCACAAGUGUCAAAAUCAUCAUUUGAUGUCUUUGCUGCAGAUUCCUCGGCUGGUGAAGGUGUGCAUGGAGAGCUGCCCUUAUUUCCAGCUGGCGUGGCCCAGGGGUGUGUACCACACGGUGCCAGCAGGCGCCUCUGCCCCUGUGCCAUCCGCUUCAGCCCCGAGGAGAACAAGGAUUAUUCCCACGAGCUCACCUGCAUCACUACAAGGGGAAGGAUAGUGGUGCCAAUUCGGGCCAUUGCUGCCCGAGCUGUCCUGGACUUCCCUGAGCAGCUGGACUUCUCCAGGUGUCCAGUCAAGAGCAGCAGCCAGAAGACUCUGCUGCUCCGCAACUCUGGGAACCUGGAAGCUCGUUUCCAGCUGAGCACCCAGAGUCCUUUCUCCAUGACUCCGGCCACGGGAGCUCUGGGCGCUGGUGGCACCGUGCAGGUGACAGUGGGAUUCCACGCGCUGACGGCCGGUGACCAUUGCGGGUGCCUGGCAGUGUGCUGCAGCACAGGUAAAGAAAGAAUCCACACACACCUCCAUGGAGAAGCUGUGGAUGUCAACGUUGGGUUGAGCACAAAUUCUGUGGAGCUUGACAAGACUUUGAUCACCAUGUCAAGCCACAGAACCGUGUGUGCUCCCCCCAGAGCAGGCCGUGAGAGCAGGCUGCACCUCAGAGGGGAAGGCCAAGGACCCGUGGUUGAACUCAGCUGUGAUACUCUGGACCUUGGGGACAUUUUUGUCAACACCCCCCCAUGUCUGUGAGAUGCCAUCUGACCAACAUCUCCAGGAGGGCUGCCCUGCAUGGCAGGAAGAGACAGAGGAGAGCCUGUGACCAUUGGACAGGUAGACUUCCUCUGUUUGUAGAUAUAUUUGGAGAUUUCUUUGGUUCCAUUUAUCAAUGCUUAUAGUUCCAUUUAUGUAUUAUAGUGUUCUGUUUAUAUGUCCAUAUAUUUAUAAAUCUGUAUAGUUAAAUGUGGAUAUGUAUAGAGUUUCAGAAGUGAUAUAAUUAUAUUUCUAUAUAUGUAAUUAUAUUUAUAGAUUUUCAAAGUUAAAUUUACAUAUAAGUAGAGUAAAAAAUAUAUAUAUGUAUGAAGUUAUAUUUGUAAAUGCGCACAGUUAUCUAGUAAGAGGAAUAUGAGUGUUUUACUGAAUAGAUUGAUGUUUGUGUAGGUCUAGGAUGCAUUUUUUACUUCUUUCCCCCAUGGCUGCCUUUUUCACCUCUUGCUUUUCCCCCUGUGCCCGCUCUGUCCCCUCUCCCUGGGCUGGGUCCAAGCUGGCGGCCGGGCCGGGCGCAGCAGCAGCUCCAGCCCCGGGUGUCCCUGGAGCGCUGGGAGCUGCCAGUGGCCCCAGGCACUGUCCCCUGAGGAGCUGCUGAAGGACGCUGUAAGGAAGACUACGAGGACAGCCGGAGACUGCCAGGAGCCAGCAGGGAGAAGCUGAGUGCCAGCAGCAGGAGCAGUGAGCAGGACCCUGCUGCUGCCAGCCUGGAGAGAGCCCGGAUGUCCCAUCUGCUCUCCGUGUCCAGGAGAUCUGCCAAACUUCAUCUGCAGGAUCAGAACAACUGGUGUCCUUUGGCCACCUCCAGUUCCCACUGAAGAUGGGUGUUGCCAGGAUUUUUAGUGAAAAAGCCUCUGCUAGGAUUUUUCCCCUCCUGAGGAGCUGAGGGCCUCAGGAAAGAAAUGUAAACAAUAACUAUCUGCUGCUGUGGAGUGCCACAGGUGAAUCUUCCAUUGGUUCAUGUGGAUUGUUUUCAAUCAGUGACCAAUCACAGCCACCUGUGCCAAGGCUGUGAGCAGUCACAGGAUUUUUGUUAUUCAUUCCUGUUCUAUUCUUGUCUUUGUAGCCUUCUGAUCUUCUUCUCUCUGUUCUUUUAGUAUAGUUAUAAUGUAGUGUUUUAGUAUAAUAUAUAUCAUAAUAAAUCAGCCUUCUGAUCAACAUGGAGUCAAGCCUCGUGUCCUCGCACCAGGGGUCCAAGUCAAAGCAACAAUUGGUGACCCCUGGACGUGUGAAACUGAUGGUCACCCCAAGAGUGACCAUGGAAUCUAGCCUGGAGCUGAAGAAACGAGACCCUGAAGAUGGGCAGAGUUCACAGCCAAGGCGAACAGGAGAACCUGUUGGACUUUCCUGGAGAUUGUGUCCAGAGACCGCAGAGCAGCAGAGCUGCACAGCUGGAUCCACAAGGACACUGUCUAAAGGUACUGUUAUUUUUUCCCUUUCUGAAGAUCCUGCCAUUCGCAAAAGGUGGGAGGAAAGUUGGGAAAAGGUACCUUCAGAAGCUCAGGUUCCGUUUACUGCGUCAGAGGAGAAAGUUAUUAAAUUCUGGUGCAGAUGGGGACACAGGAACAGAAUUCCUUAUCGUCAGUGGGAGAGAGAUUGUUAUGAGUUUUUCAAAUGGGCAAAAUUUCAUAGAUUUUUUACAAAUGUCGUCUACUCCCUUGAUUUCGAUUUAUGGGAGCUCAUGGACGCUGCUUUUCAUUGGGCACUAGGCCAGGGUGUUGGGUACCCAGAGGUGUUUCUAGUGCACAUAUACAUUUAUCUUUUUAAUUUGAAAACAUUGCACAAUGCGAGGGACAUCCUGGCUCAGGCGCGCAGUCGCUUGCUGUCCCCGCCAGGUUCAGCACGAAAGAAGCCUCUCAAAGAAGACGAACCGCGGGUUUGCAGCCCCCCCGCACAGCCCACAGCUGAGCAAAAGUUUUUCUCUGCUCCCUCGGAGCAAACAGAUCUGCCUUCCACCCCCGCUCCUUCUCUUGGGGGGGAUGCGGAGCCGGCCCCGCCCGCUUCGCCGCGGAACUCUCCGCUUCCCCCACCCCGGGAGGGAGCGGAUCCGGCUCCGCCUCAGCCAGCCCCGCGGGAGGCGCCGGACCCCGCGGCUCCGCCUCAGCCGGCUCCGCCCGCGGCCCCGCAGCCGCCCGGGCCAGCUCCGCCGGCUCUGAUGACUGCGCCUGCGCCGCGGCACCCGGAACCGCCUCCCGCCGAUCCGCCCUUGUUGCCAGGCAGCGCGAUCAACAACAGUGAUUCCCCGGCUGUGCUGCUGCUCCCGGGAGCUGCAGGAGCUGCCUCCGUGUCUUCUUCUUUCUCUGCAUCCCAGCCGGCAACUGAAUUCGCAAUGGUGCAGGCGGCGCCUGCGCGGGCCGACCCCGUUCCGAGCCCGCCGCCCCCGCCUGUCCCGCCGCUCCCUGCCGAUCCAAUUGCAGUGCAAGAGCUUGCCGAGAAUGGUGCUGAGCCCACGGGAUCGACUCAAGAGUCGACACCAGCGCCCGUGCUGCCCGCACCACCCACCCCAGUUGUCCCGCAGGUUUCCGGAGCUCCGUCAGUCGCAUCAGACCCUGCGAAGAGCCUGUCCUUCCGUGGAGGGGGCAUGGCCCGCCAGCUAACUGCAGGAGCAGUUCGGCUGGCUGUGUUCAAAAUCAGUAUGGUUUCUGGGUCAUUUCGCGCGUGGUCGGGGGCUUCUCCCUGGGGGUUGGGGUGCCUGCCUCCCCCCGAGCGCCCCAGCGGCGUGGGGGAGUUGGCUCCUGUGGUAUCUGCCUCUGGUUCCCAGCCCAGUGGGGAUGGGGGUGGUGCCGAGGGGCAGAAAGCAGGAGCAGUGCCAUUUGCCUUGCAGGAGCAAGAGAAACAGAGCAAAGCCAGCAUUGCUCGCUUGCUCUGGGGACAAGAAACCCUCAGAUCUGGGAUGACAAUUCCUGAGAAAGCUUCUCUUCUCGAGCUGCCGGUGUGCACCGGUGCUGCUGGGGGGAGGAAGCAGUGGGUCAUUUCUGCUCUGAAGACACUGGCAGCAUGGUCCUGCCAGGUUCUGAGCAUGCAGAGCCCGCCUCACAGGCUGGUUCUGGGCCGUUUGGCUCAUUUUCAUGGGCCGGGGCCACUGCCUUGUCCAGUGCUGGGUUUGGGGACUUUGCUUUCCCCACAGGGACCUGGGCCACCAUUCUGUGAGCCAGGUCUGGGUUCUCUGGUCCAUCCACCAGGACCAGGGCCACCCAAGGGUCCUAGAGACCCUCUGCUGCUGCUACUCUUCUUCUUUUCAAAAAAAAAAAAAAAAAAAAAAAAAAAAAAAAAAAAAAUUUAUAAAGAAAAGUGGAAAGAGCUAGCAGCUCAAAAGCAUUGAAAAGCCAAAAGUUAGCCUCAGCCCAAGUGGUUCAAUGAAGGGCUGUGGCCAGGGCAUUCCAGAAUUUUCUCUGAAUUGUUUCAUGACUGUCAAUUAAUUUUUCAUAAUUCUUGUUUUCUUUAGCAGUUCUUUGUUUCAGAAUUCUGCAAGCCUGUUUCAGGACCAAAGGGGACUUCCAGAGAUGUCAAAGAAGAACAUCUUCAGUCCAUGGACUCUGUCCUGAAACUCAGCUGCUUGGACUUGAAACAAUGAACUUUCUCUGCAUGAGUUUUUUGCAUUUUUUUAUAUUUUAAGAUUGUUAUAGUGAUAUGAUAUAAUUUAAUGUUUGAUAGGUGAAGAAUUUCCCUGAACAUUCCACAUCAGCAGAUGAUUGAGAUUUUGAUUGGCAACAGAUGAACCUCAAGAGGUGCUUGUUCUCUCUUCUGCAAGGGCCCAGUAGAAGAGAUUGCAAACAUUUCUUUUUCUAUUUAAUUUAAUAAUUUAAAAGGGUGAGAUGUUGCCAGGAUUUUUAGUGAAAAAGCCUCUGCUAGGAUUUUUCCCCUCCUGAGGAGCUGAGGGCCUCAGGAAAGAAAUGUAAACAAUAACUAUCUGCUGCUGUGGAGUGCCACAGGUGAAUCUUCCAUUGGUUCAUGUGGAUUGUUUUCAAUCAGUGACCAAUCACAGCCACCUGUGCCAAGGCUGUGAGCAGUCACAGGAUUUUUGUUAUUCAUUCCUGUUCUAUUCUUGUCUUUGUAGCCUUCUGAUCUUCUUCUCUCUGUUCUUUUAGUAUAGUUAUAAUGUAGUGUUUUAGUAUAAUAUAUAUCAUAAUAAAUCAGCCUUCUGAUCAACAUGGAGUCAAGCCUCGUGUCCUCGCACCAGGGGUCCAAGUCAAAGCAACAGAUGGGAGCACCUGCAGAGCAGAGGGGACCAGCUGCAGCUCCAGGCCCAGCUCUUGCUGGUCACGGCUGAGUCUGUGACAAGCUCCAGGAGCUGCUGCCAUCUCCCUCCCUGUUGGCAGCUCCCUCCCUCCAGCCCACAGGCCCUGCCCAUCCCCUUUAUUCCCUCCCAGCUCACCCCUUCGCUUUGCCUUCCCUUAUUAAACAGUUUGUCUUUUUCA